AUAAUGCAGGUAUUGCGGUGGUAGAGAUGAGUGAUGCCUUCCGUCAGCCUUCCCUUUUCUAUCAUCUUGGAGUUCGAGAGAGUUUCAGCAUGGCAAAUAAUAUCAUUUUGUACAGUGAUACAAACUCUGACUCACUACAGUCAUUACAGGAAAUUAUUUUCCAGAAGAAUAGUACGCCCUGUGGAAACUACAGCUUUAUACCAUAUAUGGUCACUCCACACAACAAGGUGUACUGUUGUGAGAGCAGCUUCAUGAAGGGCUUGACUGAGCUAAUGCAGCCGAAUUUUGAAUUGUUGCUUGGGCCUAUCUGCAUGCCAUUAGUGGAUCGCUUCAUUCAACUGCUGAAAGUUACACACAUCAGCUCUUGUCAGUAUUUUAGAGAAACCAUUCUGGAUGACAUCAGGAAAGCUCGUGAACUUUACAGUGGCAAAGAGUUGGCCUCAGAACUAGCAAGAAUAAGAAAACGCCUGGACAAUGUUGAGCUUCUCUCUGCCGAUAUUGUAAUUAAUCUACUUCUCUCUUACCGUGAUAUUCAGGACUACGAUGCCAUAAUAACAUUGGUGGAAACUUUGGAAACGCUUCCGACCUGUGAUCUGGUGGGCAACUUUCACAUUAAGUUUCAUUAUGCUUCUGCCUUGAAUCGGAGAAAUCAGCCCGACGACAGAAAAAAGGCUAUCGCUAUAAUGCUGCAGUUGGUACAGUUAGAAGAACAAGUACCAUCUGAUGUAUACUGCCUUUUGGGACGCAUCUACAAGGACACCUUUCUGGACUCUGGCUACACAGACACAGAAAGCCGAGAUAACGGUGCUUAUUGGUAUGGAAAGGCUUUUGAAUCUGAGCCAACAUUACAUUCUGGGAUCAAUUUAGCAGUUCUUCUCCUUGCAGGAGGACAUGAGUUUGACACAUCAUUUGAGCUACGGAAAACAGGUGUGAAGCUCAGCAGCCUACUCGGGAAGAAAGGAAAUCUGGAAAAAGUACAGAGUUACUGGGAUGUGGGCUUUUUCCUCGGUGCCAGUAUGUUAGCGAAUGACCAACUCCGAGUAAUUCAAGCUUCUGAGAAGCUUUUCAAAUUUAAGGCACCAGCAUGGUAUCUGAAGUCUGUUGUGGAAACUAUUCGUAUCUUCCAGCGAUUUAAGAAGCAGACUCAAGAGCAACCCUCAAGCAUGCAGGACCUGAUGGAUUUCUGGAUGGACUUCAUUGUUGAAGCUACCAAUGAGGAUGUGUCUUUGGUUCGAUUUCCUGUUUUAACCUUGGAGCCAACCAAAGUCUUCCAGCCUGCUUAUUUGUCCAUUAAUAAUGAAGCAGAGGAAAAGACAGUGUCUAUUUGGCAUGUUUCACCAGAUGAUCAGAAAGGCAUAAAUGAAUGGAACUUCAACGCCGCUUCUAUCCGGGGUGUCAGUGUUUCAAAGAUUGAUGAGCGCUGUUGCUUCUUGUAUGUUCUACAUAACUCAGAUGACUUUCAGAUUUAUUUUUGUACGGAGCUUCACUGCAAGAGGUUCUGUGAGAUGGUGAGUACUAUAACAGAAGAGGUGGGAAAGAAUGCAGAGGAAGGAGAACUUGAAGGAGAUAUGCUGGAGUAUGAUUAUGAAUAUGAUGAGAAUGGUGAGAAAGUUAUUCUGGGUAAAGGAACUUUUGGAAUCGUUUAUGCAGGAAGAGACCUCAGUAACCAGGUCAGAAUCGCCAUCAAAGAAAUCCCUGAAAGGGACAUCAGGGAUUCACAACCUUUGCAUGAAGAAAUUGCUCUUCAUAAGCAUCUUAAACACAAGAACAUUGUCCAGUAUCUGGGCUCUAUUAGUGAAAAUGGUUUUAUUAAGAUUUUUAUGGAACAAGUUCCUGGAGGCAGCCUUUCUGCUCUCUUGCGAUCAAAAUGGGGCCCACUGAAGAAUAAUGAACACACCAUUGGAUUUUAUACCAAACAGGUUCUGGAGGGGUUAAAAUACCUUCAUGACUAUCAGAUAGCACACCGAGAUAUAAAGGGUGAUAAUGUGUUAAUAAACACCUACAGUGGGAUCCUGAAAAUUUCAGAUUUCGGUACUUCUAAGAGAUUGGCGGGUAUCAAUCCUUGCACUGAAACCUUCACAGGAACGCUUCAGUAUAUGGCACCUGAGAUAAUAGACAAAGGACCAAGGGGUUACGGGAAGCCUGCGGACAUCUGGUCACUGGGCUGUACAAUCAUUGAAAUGGCGACAGGAAAACCCCCAUUUUAUGAACUGGGAGAACCUCAGGCUGCAAUGUUUAAGGUUGGAAUGUUUAAAAUUCACCCAGAAAUUCCCGAAUCCAUGUCACCAGAGGCCAAAGCUUUCAUACUCCUCUGCUUUGAACCUGACCCAGACAAACGUGCGACUGCUACAGAGUUGCUGUUGGAUGAGUUUCUGAGGGUGACGAGCAAAAAGAAGAAGUCACAGCUGAAACAAGAUCUUUCAAGUGGUCCACAAGAUUAUCUGCGAAGCAUAUCUCUGCCUGUUCCGGUUGUUGUGGAGGACCUGAGCAGUGGGAGUGAAUUUGGCUCAGUUUCACCAGAUUCCGACUUAAAGGCAGAUCCAUUCUUUUUCAAAACCAGGGCAAAAUCCUGCAUUGAGAAAGAGACGAGAGGAAGUAGACAAUUACUUCUCAGUCUACCCGAUGAUCACUUUGAAGAUCACAGUGCGCCACCUUCCCCUGAGGAGAAGGACACUGGGUUCUUCAUGCUGAAGAAAGACAGUGAACGGAGAGCCACCCUACACAGGAUACUUUCAGAGGACCAGGAUAAAGUUGUGAAGAACUUGCUUGAAUCUCUCUUGCAGGGUGCUGAAGAACUAAAGCUGAAGUCUGAGCACAUCAGUACACUUGUUGUUAGUCUGCGUGAGUUUGUGAGAUCAACGGAUCGGAAAAUCAUCUCAACAACUCUUUCCAGGCUGAAGCUUGAGCUGGACUUUGACAGUCAUGCCAUUAACCAGAUUCAGGUGGUGUUGUUUGCUUUCCAGGAAGCUGUAAAUAAAGUCUUGAGAACUCACAAUAUUAAACCUCACUGGAUGUUUGCCUUGGAUAACAUCAUUCGCAAAGCUGUGCAGACUGCUAUUACUAUUCUUGUUCCUGAACUGAGACCACACUUCAGCCUAGCCUCUGGGAGUGAUGCUGCAGACCACGAAGGAGUAGACGAUGAUGAUGUUGAUGAAGGUCACAAUGAGCCAGCUCAUUCCGAAAAUCAAAGACCCACUGCUGUAAAUGAGGAUCUAGUACCAACCUCUGGUGUUAGCACUCUUAGCUCAACAUUAUCUCACGACUCCCAAAAUAUGCAUAGGUCUUUGAAUGUGCAGCUUGGAAGACUUAAAUUAGAAACAAACAGGCUUCUGGAAGACCUUGUUCAGAAAGAAAGGGAUUAUCACAUCCUUCUUCAUCAAGCUAUCGAAGACAAGGAGCAAGAAAUCAAACUACUUAGACUGAAAUCGCAGCCAAUAGAUAUACCUGCACUGUCUGUAUGUCACCAUGAUUCCACAGAGAGUACUGCAGAUCCUGAACUUAUUGACUGGUUGAGAGAACAAGGAGCUGAUGAAGAUACAAUAGAGCGGUUUGUGGUAGAUGAUUAUAAUCUGACGGACAUUCUCCAAUAUGUGACGCGGGAUGAUUUAAAGUGCUUGAGGUUAAGAGGUGGAAUACUUUGCAAGUUGUGGAAAGCAAUAAUGCAGCACAGAGAAGCAAACAUGAAUAUUUCCCAUUAAAUUGUGCGCAAAGGAAACUAUUUGGAGAAAUUUUAACAUCUUGCAUUUAUAUAGUGCCCUUCAUGCAGCAAAGCAUCUUGGAGCUCUGCACAUUUUAAUAUCUCAAUGAGACAUUCGCACUUUAAAUUAUGAUAAAUUUGACAUUUUGUAUGUUGUUAAUUUGACGGUGCUCCAAAAUACACUGUCUACUUGAUUUUACUGACGUUAUGUACAUGUGGGUUGAAUAGCUCAGACCACAAACUACAAUUUUGUAAACUUGUUAUGUGUAACUACAAUAUUUAAGCAAGUGAAUUGUUAAAGUGUCUUAUGUCAAAUCUUGGGAGUGUUCACAUUCAGGUCUCCACUGCAAUUUCCUCGACUAACAAAUCGGAAAACCAAGUGUGCACUAAAUCCUGUCUUUCUCUAAGAAUUCUUUUGGUUCAGCUUAAGACAACAUUUCAUUAAACUGCUGUUCACACGUGUUGCUCAGAACUGCACAUCUUAACUUUUUUAACUUUUUUAGUAGCUGGAGAAAUAAAGUGCUUUUUUUAAAAAAAAAUGCCUUAAAAUAUUCCUGCGGUUGAACAAUAAUUUACAGUACUAAAUGUCAACAAUGUAUUUUAUUAAAUGUACAGAAAGUAUCUAAGUCUCAAUUUUGCAAUGUAAAUUAAAUGGCUAUGUAUUGUACAAAUACAGUUAGUCCUGUUUACCUCUGUGAUGGAUGUUGUGAUAUGCUUUAAAUGCUAGUGUUACAGUUUACUGUACAUUACUGAACCUUAUGCCACACAUGGCUUGUUCUAAAACUGAAGGACUAUGAAAACCACUUUUAGAAAUAAACGUGCAGAAAAAUGA